CAGUGAGUACAUGACAAAUCGUGAUAAAUCAAUAAAAUAACACUCAACACUUGAAAAACAAUCAAAGGCAUCGAUUAUAAGAGAGAACUCGAAGAACUGAAGAUGCCAAAGACUACUUUCAUGGGUUCACUUUCUUCUCCCAAAGUUGAAGUCUUGGUCGAUACGGGAAACCCUCUCCUCAAUCACACUCUCGAUGGGUUCUUGAAGAUCGGAACCGUUGCUGUUGCGAAAGUGGCUGCUGAGGAGACUUACCACAUGGUCAAACGAGGAAGUGUUUCAAAGCAUAGCUUGCAAAACUCGUUAGAAAAGAUGUGUAAAGAAGGUGCAUACUGGGGUACUAUAGCUGGAGUAUAUGUUGGAAUGGAGUAUGGCGUUGAGCGAGUGCGUGGCACCAGAGAUUGGAAGAACGCGAUGAUCGGUGGUGCAUUGACAGGCGCGCUUGUAUCAGCAGUUGGCAACAACAAAGGAGAUAAAAUCAUAAUGGAUGCCAUCACAGGAGGUGCAGUGGCAACUGCUGCUGAGUUCAUCAGUUAUCUUACUUAAAUCAGUUAAAUAACAAAUGUGUGACAUUCUUCACCGCUGCUACAAGUAGUGGAUGUUGACAAGUUUGUUUUCCUGAUCUUACUGAUGAUAAUAAUAAUCUGAUGUUUGAUUGAAAUGUGGCUUAUAAUAAUAGUUAAUGCAUUUGUUAAA